AUGAGAAUCCGCGGCGUGGAGCUUAUGCAACAUGCGACGGAGAUGAUGAUGACGAUGUCAUCAUCUUCUUCGGCUGUGGAAGCGUUGAACCUCAAGGAAGCUUCGAGUUGGUGGUCGCACGUAAACGAGUCUCCGAUUUGGCAGGAUCGCAUCUUCCACGCUCUCGCUGUUCUAUACGGCAUCGUUUCAAUCGUCGCUGUGAUACAACUUGUGAGAAUCCAAUUCAGAGUUCCGGAAUAUGGAUGGACGACGCAGAAGGUCUUCCACUUCCUCAAUUUCGUCGUGAAUGGAGUUAGGGCUGUGGUUUUUGUCUUCAGGAGAAAUGUGCAGUUCAUGCAUCCAGAGAUUUUGCAACAUAUAUUGCUUGACGUUCCAAGUCUUGCGUUCUUCACCACCUAUGCUCUUUUAGUUCUCUUCUGGGCUGAGAUUUAUUAUCAGGCACGUGCGGUGUCCACUGAUGGAUUGAGGCCAGGCUUCUUCACAAUUAAUGCUGUUGUGUAUGUUGUUCAGAUUGCUCUUUGGUUGGUUUUGUGGUGGAAGCCUGUUCGAGUUAUGGUGAUUAUAUCAAAGAUGUUCUUUGCAGGUGCUUCAUUGUUCGCUGCCCUUGGAUUUUUACUUUACGGUGGAAGGCUUUUCCUAAUGUUGCAACGCUUUCCAGUAGAAUCUAAAGGAAGGCGCAAAAAGCUCCAAGAGGUUGGUUACGUGACAACCAUAUGCUUCACGUGUUUCCUCAUCAGAUGUAUCAUGAUGUGUUUUGCUGCUUUCGACGAGGGGGCAAACCUUGAUGUGUUGGAUCACCCUAUCCUUAACUUCAUAUAUUACCUGUUGGUAGAGAUACUACCUUCGUCUCUAGUCCUCUUCAUCUUGAGAAAGCUACCACCAAAGCGAGGCAUUACACAAUACCAUCAGGUUCGCUGAAAUGUAAAGACACUACAGCUAUUGAUCAGACGAAUCAAGAAACCAUGUUCCAACACAGAGAAAAGCAUGAGAAAUAAAUGAAGAAAGGAUGUAAAGCUGAUCAGUUUGGUUGAUGAUGGGAAUGAAUACGCCUAAGGUUGUUGUUCCCUUUAUAUACAUAAUGUUGUAAAUAAAUGUUUGAAAAAAAAUGUAUACAUUAUAAUAUGGAAGGAUUGUUCAGGUUUUUGUUGAAACCUACAUUUUGUUGUCAAAGUGGUAGUCUCUCUUUUAUGCGUUUGAUGACUUAAUUAAUCUUUC